UCAGGGAUCGGCAUGGACUCCUGUGUGAUCCCGCUGCGGCAUGGCGGACUCUCCCUUGUACAGACGACAGAUUUCUUCUACCCGUUGGUGGAUGACCCGUAUAUGAUGGGUCGCAUUGCCUGUGCGAAUGUCCUGAGCGACCUGUACGCCAUGGGCAUCACCGAGUGUGACAACAUGCUGAUGCUGCUGAGCGUCAGUCAGAAGAUGACCGAAAAGGAGCGUGACAAAGUGGUGCCACUGAUGAUCAGGGGCUUCAAGGACGCGGCGGAAGAAGGUGGCACCUCGGUGACAGGCGGGCAGACGGUGGUGAACCCCUGGAUCAUCAUCGGCGGUGUGGCCACCGUGGUGUGCCAACCCAACGAGUUCAUCAUGCCGGACAACGCCGUCCCUGGGGACGUGUUGGUCUUGACGAAACCGCUCGGGACACAGGUCGCGGUGAACAGCCACCAGUGGCUCGAAAACCCCGAGAAAUGGAACAAGAUUAAGCUGGUGGUCUCCCAGGAGGACGUGGAGCUGGCUUACCAGGAGGCCAUGUUCAACAUGGCCAGGCUGAACCGCACAGCCGCGGGACUGAUGCACACCUUCAACGCUCACGCCGCCACUGACAUCACCGGCUUCGGGAUCCUGGGGCACGCCCAGAACCUGGCCAAGCAGCAGCGCAACGAGGUCUCCUUCGUCAUCCACAACCUCCCGAUCAUCGCCAAGAUGGCAGCCAUCAGCAAAGCCUGUGGCAACAUGUUCGGCCUGCUGCACGGCACAUCAGCGGAGACAUCAGGUGGUUUAUUAAUCUGCCUGCCCCGGGAGCAAGCUGCCCGCUUCUGCGCCGAGAUCAAAUCCCCCAAAUACGGUGAGGGGCACCAGGCGUGGAUCAUCGGCAUCGUGGAGAAGGGCAACCGGACAGCACGCAUCAUCGACAAGCCCAGGAUCAUCGAAGUGGCGCCCCGUGGAGCCUCAUCUCCCCAGGACAACAAUUCCAGCGCUAGCCCCGAGACCCCCUCGUAAUCGCGGCUGUGUGGAGGUGGGGGGAAAGGGUGGGGUCCUGGAAGCAGCCCCACGCGACGUGCAAACACCCAGCAGCAGCGCCCUCCCCCCACCCCCGCCCCGAGCGAGGGCCACAUGGCAAACUGGGGAGAGCAGCAGGAAGUCCCAGUGUCGCUGGCGGGGCGGGUGGAGGUCCCAGUGUCGUCUCUGCUGUUGUAGCCCCGGUGCAGCUGCUACUGAUCCCCCCCUCCCCCCGGGUACAGUUGCUGAAACCUACUGUCCUGACACAACCCACAGACUGUCGGCCACCAUCACUCUGAUCCACUUAGUAACAGCAGCCCUCUCGCUGAUCUCCCACUCAGAACCGACCUCCUCCCAGCAUUAUCUGUAUAAACAGCAUCGUGUUGUGGUGAGAGUGUGAACACUUUCUCUCUCCCCCUCUCUCUCUCCCUCUCUCUCUCUCCCUCUCUCUCACUCCCUCUCUCUCACUCCCUCUCCCUCUCUCUCACUCCCUCUCCCUCUCUCUC